AUUGCUUGCGUACGUGAGCACCCGGUCAAACGUUUCAAAGCGUCCACUCCACUUUCCUAUUAUCAAAGCAGGUAUACUUCCACUUCCAGCCAUGGCGGUCGAAGCCCCAAUCCGGAUCGGAAUCCUUGGCUGCGCCGAGAUCGCCCGCAAGCUGUCUCGCGCCAUCAAUCUUGUCCCCAACGCCGCCCUCUCCGCUGUGGCCAGCCGCAACAUCGACAAGGCGAAGGCCUUCGCGACGGCCAAUGGCUUCCCUCCCCACGCGAAAAUCUACGGCUCCUACGAAUCCCUCCUCGACGAUCCCGACAUCGACGCCGUCUACGUCCCUCUCCCAACCAGCCUCCACCUCCACUGGGCCGUCCUCGCCGCCAAGAAGAGGAAGCACCUCCUCCUCGAGAAGCCUGUCGCCCUCAAUGUCUCCGAAUUCGACACAAUUCUCGAGGCCGUAGAUUCCAGUGGGGUCCAGCUCAUGGACGGCACCAUGUGGAUGCACCACCCCAGGACUCUCACCAUGAAGGACUUCCUCUCCGACGCCGAUCGUUUCGGUCAGCUCAAGACGGUACAUUCGUGCUUUACUUCUGCUGCUGAUCCUGCUUUUUUGAAGAAUGACAUUCGUAUCAAGCCUGAUCUGGAUGGUCUUGGUGCUCUGGGAGAUCUAGGAUGGUAUUGUAUUCGAUCAAUCUUGUGGGCUGCCAACUUUGAACUACCGAAAACAGUAAUAGCAUUGCCCGGAGCUGUUCUUAAUGAAUCUGGGGUGAUUUUGGAUUGUGGGGCUUCAUUACAUUGGGAAGAUGGGAAAUCGGCAACAUUCUAUUGCUCUUUCUUAUCGAAUAUGGCUAUGGAUAUCACUGCCAUUGGGACUAAAGGAACUCUACACGUCAACGAUUUUGCAAUCCCUUACCAAGAAAACGAGGCAUCUUUUACAGCAGGCGCUGAAACUAGGUUCAACGAGCCCGUGACGGGUUGGUUACCACAGCCAAGCAAGCAUGUUGUCACCGCGGAUCUUCCUCAGGAGGCUCGCAUGGUAAGAGAGUUUGCUAAUUUGGUAGGAGCUAUUAAAAAUGGCUCCAAACCUGAGAAGAAAUGGCCAAUAAUCAGUAGGAAGACGCAGCUGGUACUGGACGCGGUCAAGGCUUCGAUUGACAAGGGCUUCAAGCCAGUGGACGUUGUAUGCUAAUUAUUUGAUUCGUCUUCGUUGUCUGAUGUGCGUACUUGUUCUCCUCAAUAAGCUAUUGUGUGUGUUUCUUUUAAAUAAAAGUUGCAGAAUUGGUAUAAAGAUCAUGAUUCUUCUGCAUGUGCUGAAUCUACUUACCUCAGCUGGCGAAUUUUUCUGAUGUCGUGCAAGGAUGGUUUCUGUAUGUGCUUGUUCUGCUAAGUUUCGGAAUUGUUCUUGUUUUCUGGUAUAAGGAUCAUGAUUCUCCUCUAUAUGUGCUGAAUCUACUUACAACAGCUGGUAAAUUCUUUUGAUGUCUUUGGUCGUUUGAGUUUUAUUGUAUCCACCACUCAGGAGACUCCUUUUCUAGGUGGGUGUGAGGAGCCUUGGGAGAUAGUCUCUCUGGCUUUGUUAGCCAUUGGGUCUUUGGUUUUUGUUGGACUUGAUUGUUUGCGGCGUCUACGGACUGUCUUGUUGUUUU